AUGUCUCUACAAGCGCCUAACCAGGAAGUAAAGGCCGCAGUGGUUGUAGGGAUAGACUUUGGGACCACAAACAGUGGGUAUGCUUUCAUGUUUACAAGUGAUCCGACCUCCAUCUUCACAGCAAUGGGAGAAGAGAGGGAACCCACAUGUGUGCUCCUUAACCCAGAUAAGACAUUCAACGCCUUUGGUAAAAAGGCUUUAGAGAAGUAUGCAGAGUUAGAACCAGAGGAACAUCAGUCACACUAUUUUUUCCACCACUUCAAGAUGAAACUGUAUGAGAGUAAGAAACUCACAAGGGAAACGUUCAUCCUUGAUCAGACCGGAAAAGAUAUGAAAGCUGUGGAUGUUUACAGCAUUGUUUUGCAAUACUUCAAUAGAGCAGUUAUGCAACAAGUUGGGCAGGUGAAAAAUGAUCAACCCGUCCAGGGGUUUUCUUCAAAACACAUUCUAUGGAUGCUAUCAAUGCCGGCCAUUUGGACAGAAUAUGCUAGAAAAUUUAUGCGAGAAGCUGCAACAAAUGCCGGACUGGAAAAUUUCACACUGGUGUUGGAACCGGAGGCUGGUGCUUUGUUUGCCAUUGACAAACCACUUUACAUGAGAGAGGUCAAGUCUGCAGAGAAGUUUCCAGUUGGACACAAGUACAUCUUGGCUGACCUUGGUGGAGGAACAGUUGACAUUUGUGUUCAUGAAAUUGUUAAAGGUAGAAAUCUCUGCGAACUCUACAGAGCAACGGGAGACUAUGCUGGGGGCUCCAGAGUCAAUCAUGAAUUUGAACAGUUCUUUGUGAGAUUGUUUGGGGCUCCAGCACUUGAAAAUUUUAGAAGGAAUUGUACACAUUCGUAUCAGGAAUUUAUCCAGAAUAUAGAAAGAAAAAAAUGCACGUUUACACAAAACACAGAAAAAGUUACUUUAAUACUGGAUUCUGACUAUGUGGCAUUAGUGGAAAAUGAUAAUGGCGAAACAAUAGAGGACAUGAUAUCAGGCUCAAGGUAUAGAGAUCGUGUUCACUACAAGAAAGCAGGACGCCGUCUUAUUGAAAAAAAAUGA